AUGGCUCCAAUGGUGCUCCCCCGAGCGGACCCCGCCGGGCUGCACACGGUAGAGCCUUUGGCGGGCACGGUGAUGAGCGUCAUCAUCUGCCUCGUUUCCAUCAGUAUCAUCUCAGGCUUCAUUGCCCAAAGAAGUUCAGCGAUAAAACAGUGGAGGAGGAUACCAUUCGUGGUGUGGUUGGUGCUAUUAAUCUAUCUCGACUCCUACCUCUUCGUCUUCGUCACCGCGGUUCUACAAUUCGCCCUCGGCGUCAACACGAACAUCCAAAUUUGCGACGGCGCCAUUCUGUUGUGCCUCGUUUGCUACAUCACGACGAAAGUGUUGAUCUACCUGUUCCUGGUUGAGAAAGCACACAUUAUUCGCGGCGCAACGAAGCCACGGCUCAAGUCGAAGCUUUACAUUUUCAACUCGUUUGGCAUGCUGGGCGUUUACGCUGUUAUUGCCAUCCUCAACUUUAUCUUCCGAAUUACUAGGAUAGACGACGGCCAGUGCUACAUUGGUAUGCAGAAGGUCUCGAUGAUCCCUCUCAUCUCCUUCGACGCCGUCGUCAACGUUUACCUGACUAUUCUCUUCCUCAUCCCACUCAAGAGUCUUUACUCUUUCAAAAACUUCCCCAAGACGCCUGCCAACGUGCGCCUGAGGACUGUCGCGUUGCGAACGUUCGUCGGUGCCCUGUGCACGCUUACCAGCAGCAUCGUGAACCUGACUGUACUGAUGGCGCUUGACGGUGAGCCUGGCUGGGUUUGCCUCAUGUGCUGCAACAGCGAUAUUCUCUUCUCUGCUGUUGUCGUCCAGUGGGUUACAAACAAGGAUAACGCUGCCACACAAGGCUCGUCAGGAGGUGCAUCGCGCAGCAACGAUGCGAACCCAUUUGUGGUCGACGACUUCCGCGGUGGACCUGAAGGCGGCUACUCUCCUCACAUCGCCCCGAGCCAGAAGCAUGUCAUGGAUGACAUGGGCGAGAUCUCGCUCGACAGCGGCACCCGUUCCGAGUUCGCCAACAGCGACAAGGCCUCGAGCGAAGCGGAACGCCAACGCCACGCCUCUUCGGCGAGCACGAUACCUUCGACCGGCGCCGUGGUGGUGACGACGACUAUCAAGCGCGAAUCGAAGCCCGGGCCGGCUCUUUUCGAGGAAAUGCAAAUCGAGGACGGGUACACAGCACCGCCCAGUAAUGCGUCGUCUCGACCGAUGAGCGGCAGGGAUCAGGAAUUUGAUAACUACACCAGAGGAUCACGGACGAAAAUCACGGCCGGCAAGCGUUGA